AUGCGGGUGUUGUUUUGGAAUAUCAAUGGAGUUGCACGUGUUGUAGCUCAAGAUAAACUAAAGGAGUUGAUUAGAGAGUUUAAACCAGAUAUUUUUGGUAUUGUUGAACCAAAAGUUCCCUGUUCUGCUGGGUUCAGAUAUGGUUUGCUAAGAGAAGGUUAUUCUUCUCAUGUUAUUAAUAAUGCUUCUUCUUCUAGUAUUGCUAAUAUUUGGGUUUGUUAUUCAAAUACUCUAAAUCUUUCAAUUGUUAAUGUCAGUAAGAAGGCAAUAACAAUUGAGGUGGAUGGUGUUCAUGUUUCUUUUGUCCAUGCUAUCUAUAUUCAGGUUACUAGGAGAAGUCUUUGGCAGCAACUUGUUAGUUCUGGUGAUGAUAUUCCUUGGUUAGUCAUUGGGGAUUUUAACUGUAUUCUUCGUUUGGAUGAGAAGAAGGGUGGUCUUGAACCUAGAACCUCAGCUAUUAAUGAGUUGUCAGAUUGGUUGGAUGACAACAGUCUCUUUGAAGCUGAUGCUUUGGGAAGUAAGUUCACUUGGAUGAAUAGACAAUCAGACCCAAAAGAGCUCCUUUUCGAGUUCAAAAGAUGUGGUUCUUACAUUUUGAUUUCCUUCGUAUGGUUAGAGAUAGUUGGAGUAUGCCUAUUUUCUGGGUCUUUUGAUUUUAUUUUCACUCAAAAAUUAAAGAGACUAAAAGAAGUUAUCAAGGAAUGGAAUCUUCGUGUUUUUGGUAAUGUGCAUUCUAGGUUAAAGCAGGAUCAGUUGAGAUUUGAGGAAGCUGCUCUUCUUUCUGAUGAAAACCCGGAUGACAUUACAAAGUUAAAUAUUAUGAAGGAUGCUAUGGCUAAACUUAAUGAUACUCGUGCUCAGUUGAAUACUAUGCUUAAGCAGAAAUAUAGAAAUAAGUGGCUUGUGGAGGGUUCAAGUAACACUAAUUUCUUUCAUAAUAGCAUUAGAAUUCGUAGAAGUUCUAACACUAUCUCUGAACUUGUUGAAAGUGCAGGCAAUACUAUUUCUGAUUAUGAGCUGCUUAGAAAUCAUGUUGUGCACUAUUAUGAGGAUAAGGUUAAUGGGUCGGAGUUGGAGAUUGAUCCUAUUUUAUUUGACUAUAGUCAUAUUAGCAUCUCGGAGGAGGAAAGUUUAGCCAUGGACAGAAUUCCAUCUUCUGAGGAGAUUAAACAAGCAGUUUUUGAUCUAGGGGUAGACAGUGCUCCAGGGCCGGAUGGGUUUUCUGGAUGUUUCUAUAGACACUGCUGGGAUAUUAUUCAAGAUGACUUAUUAAGAGCCGUUAUUUAUUGCUGGAAUUCUGGUCAUAUCCCAAAUGUGGUAAAUUCUAGCCUAAUUGUCUUGAUUCCCAAGGUAAGAGGUGCUAAUUCUCUUCGUAAUUUUCGUCCUAUUGGUCUCAGUAAUUUUUUCUUCAAAAUCUUUACUAAGAUCUUAGCUACUAGACUGGGGAGCGUUUUAGAUAAACUUGUUUAUGAAGAACAGGUGGCUUUCAUGAAAGGGCGUAACAUCCAUGAAAACAUUAGUCUUGCUUCUGAAUUGAUUAAUGAGCUUCAUAUCAAUCGUAAGGAUGGUAAUUUAGGCCUUAAGCUUGAUAUUUCACAAGCUUUUGACACGGUCAGUUGGUCUUUUGUCUUGGAGGUUUUCCGUAGGUAUGGUUUCUCGGAGCAUUGGUGCACUUGGAUUUCUCAUAUCUUCAAUUCUGCUAGAAUCCCUAUUCUCUUGAAUGGCAGUCCGGAGGGUUUUUUCAAGAUAAAUAGAGGUUUACGUCAGGGAGAUCCUCUUUCUCCCUUGAUCUUUGUUUUGAUGGAGGAUGUCCUUAGCAGAAAUAUCACAAAGCUUUUUGCAGAGAAGAGGAUGUCUUACAUGGUAACUAGAGGUGGAAAUUUGCGGAGCAUUAAUAAUCUGGUGGAUCUGUUGGGUAAGUAUCAGUAUGCUUCGGGUCAAUCUGUUUGUUGCCAAAAGAGUAAAAUUUAUUAUGGUGGUGGUUCGUUGAGUAGACGUAAUUAUCUUGUUGAUUAUUUGGGUAUGAGUGUAGCUACUUUCCCUGAUCGUUAUUUGGGUGUUCAAAUAAUGCCUGGUGCUGUGAGGAAUUUUAGUUGGUCUGGUGACUCAAAUGUCAGUCGUGCUGUUGUGGUGGCGUAUGAUAAAAUCUGUUGCCCUUUUGAGGAGGGGGUUUGGGCAUCUCGUAUGGCUACUAUGAAUUCUGCAAUGUUGAUGAAAUUAUGGUGGAAGAUCAGUACUUCUAAGAAGAAUUGGGCAGGUUAUCUUAAGGCUAAGUUUUUUAGUCGAAGAGGUUACAUUAAGACUUAUGGGGUGAAGUCUACCAUUCUUCCAGAGAUAUUGGAUGAUUUUACUCUUGACAGAUUGGUUUUGGUGAGUGAUUGUUAUAGGGAUAACCAAUGGGUUUUUCCUGAAAAUCACUUGAACUGUUUACUCGCGGCUGGUGUGGAUAUGCAUAAUCUUCCUUUGCGAAAUGGGGGUGAAGAUAAGAGAGUUCGAAUGCCAAACUUUUCAGGUGAUUUUUCGGUAAGCUCUGCCAAGGAGCUUAUUCGUCAGAAACAUGGUAGCUUCAAUGCAGCGUCUAUGCUGUGGAGGAAGGAAAUUCACCCUAAACUUGCGGCUCAAAACUGGAAAUUCAUUCGUGGUGCUUGUGCCACUUUGGAUAUCAUUCAAUCUAGGUUCAGAAUUCAUUUGGCUAACAAGUGUGUUCUGUGUGAAACCGAGGAAGUAUCGCUAGAACAUAUUCUUUUUCUUUGUUCUUUUGCAGCUCGUGCGUGGUCUUGGAUUUCUGGUAUCUUUGGUAUGACAACAAACUUCAACAUUGUGGAUUCUUUCAAGGCAGCUAAGGGAAGAAGUGCAAUUGUCCGUGACUUGUGGCUGGUGGCGAACUUAGUAAUCAGGUCAGAACUAUGGGCUAUACGCAACAAAUGCUUUUUUGAGAAGCACAAACCGAGCUGGGGUCUUUUUCUAAAAGAGUGCUGA